AUGGGAAGAAAAAAACGUAAAGUGAAUAUAGAAUUAAAGCCAUUUUGUUAUUAUUGUGAUAGGGAAUUUGACGAUGAAAAAAUUCUUAUUCAACAUCAAAAGGCAAAGCAUUUUAAAUGUCUGCAAUGCAAUAGAAAAUUAGAUAUAGCUAAUGGUUUAGUUGUACAUAUGCUACAAGUACAUAAAACUAAUUUAAAAGUAGUACCUAAUGCAUUACCAAAAAGAAAUGAUCCUGAAAUUAUUAUAAGAGGAAUGAAUGGAGUACCUCCUGAAAUUAUUGAAGAAAAUUUAAAUAAGUUAAAACAGAAACUAGGAGAUAAAGAUAUUAAAAGACAACAAAGAGUUAACUGGGCACAAGUUGCUAUGGCACCUACAAUGGAGCAAUUUUUGCAACAAGCUCAAACAGGAAAUUUUACAUUUCCAGGUUUUAAUUCACCUAUUUUACCACCUCAUAAUUUAUUAUCUAACUCAACAGAUUUAAAAAAAAAAAAUAUGUCAUCUGCACCUUUAUAUUUACCAAAUAAUAAUUUAAAUAUGAUGCAACCACCAUUAAGUACCAAUUUAUAUUCUUCUAACAAUCAGCAAAAUCUGACAAUACCAAAUAUUCCCUUUCAUGUAUCUUCAAAUAUACCACCUAAUAAUAUGAAUUCAUCAACUCCCACAGGGAUCCCGUCUAAUAUUCCUCCACCAACGCCACCUAAUAUUUCUCAUAAAUAUCCACAAAAUAUACAUUUAUCAGGGUCUUUUAUGCCACCCAAUUUACCAACAAAUAUACCUCAAACUCAUCCAAUUUGUAUUCCCCCAGGUAUUUCUCCACCUAUUCCUCCAUCCACUCCACCAACCACACCAUCAGCAAUACCUCCAGUUAUUCCAUCAUCUGUACAUCUUUCAGUCCCUCCUUCAGCUCCUCCAACGAUGCCUCCUUCAGUAUUGCCUACAAUUCCUUCUGUAAUGCCUCCCACUGGACCACCACCUAAUGAAACAUCAAUAAUAUCAACAAAUUUAUCUUCAAAUGCACAAACUGGAAAGGGAACAACAAUUCCUGGUAUAAAUAUAAACAAUAAUGUUAAUAAAACUAAUGGAAUACAACAUAAUAACCCUCCGAAUGAAGGCAUAAAUCAUCAUAUAAUGAAUAACAUCAAUUCCAGUAGUAUGAAUAAUAUGCAAACUUCUAAACAAAGCUCAUUGGAAAUGUCUCCAAAUAAUUAUGAUAUCCACACAAAUUCUAAUGAUACUCAAAAAAAUGAAACAAAUAAUUCAACAAAAGAAAUUAACGGAACCAUAAAUAAUAAUUCAAAAAUAGAGGAAAAGGAUAAAACAAAUAUAGAAGGUGAAAACAAAAUACAAAAAUCGAAAGAUAAAGAAAAUACAGAUUCGGAAUAUUUAUAUGAUAACUCUAUAUCAACAACUAUAAAAUUGUCUAUUCCUCCACCUAAUCCCCCAUCAAUUCCACCAACAGGAGAUUUAAAAUUAAAUUAUAGUGAAACAGUAAUUUUUUUUUUUUUUUUUUAA